AUGUUUUCCACUUUCCCCGCCCACGAGGAUCCUAGAACCACAACAAAUGGCUCAAAAUCCUCUACUCGACCACGACGACGCCAAGUCGCCAGGGCUUGCGAUUGGUGUCGCAUAAACCGAGUCAAAUGUGACGACAAGCUACCUUGCCAAAAUUGUCAGAACCGGGGUGGGCAUUGUAGCAUUUCCAGGCCGGUAGAGGCGACAUCUCUACCCGCUGCGAACAGAGAUAUACAACGACUACGGAGUAAAGUCAAAGAUCUUCAGGAGCAGUUGCAGAUAGCUAGACAGGAAGCUACCCAAGCACAAAUGCACCAAGCUCAAAUUCAGACUCCCUUUCAGAGCAAUCACACAACUCCAUCACUGUAUACAUCACCAGAUGCAGUGAAUGAUUCGACUAUAGUCACGGAGCAGGACCCUGGCCUAGUUGUUACCAAAGGAUGGCAAGGACUACGAGAUCUUGGCACACGGAUCGGAGAGUUGUACUACGGACCGAGGUCCUCAUCCUAUUUUCUGGCUCGAGUCUCACGAUAUGUCUCCUCCACACUCAACGAGUCUUUGGGGAAUAUAAACCUCAAACCAUUUCUGGUUGACAUUGAUUAUGAAGCUUUUUCUAAAUGGCGGCAGCAACCGCAGUCGGAUGCACCAGAAUAUGCAGAGGGCUUGACGCGCAUUCAGCAAGAAUACUAUCUCAAUCUGCUAUGGCAAGCAUUCCAUUGUGUAUACCCUAUUCUCUCCGAGCCGAAAUUCAAUCGAUACUAUGACUCUUUGUGGACCUCAGAUACCGCGCCUGAUAGAGCUACCCGCAAACCUUCGGCAUUGGUUGACAUCUUACUUGCCGUGUACUCACAUCUACUUGAUUAUCUACCUUUACAACAUCUCCCAGUUAACACUGCUCAUAGCAACUUGGGCACUACAUUGCGGAUUGCUCAGGCUUUAAAACUGCAUCUCCAGCCGGAGGGUACAUCAUUGGAGGAUCAGGCGCACCUCCGUCGGAUAUGGAAUGUCAUUUACCGUCUGGAUGCCCAGCUCUCAAUGAACUUAGGACGGCCUACGCUGGUUCAACAUUUCGAGCUCGAGAACGAUCAAUCAGAGAAAGCUCUCUUAUCUGGAACCUCACUUCUUUCUACCUUUGAAGAGAUAAGUUGUCUCAGCUUUCACAACCAGUGCACAAAACUCAUCUCUGCCGUUCAAGGAACUCAAGUUGCUUUUGAAGCCAAUUGCUCUCAACUGCUCGUCGACGGAAAUAAUGUCAACGGAGACAUCCAUGAUAAUCCCCGAACAACGGAAGCACUAGCAGAAUUUUUCGGACGCAAAACGAUGCCAGUUCGUGAGUGGGUUCAAGGUGUCCCUGAACCCCUCAAGUGUGCACGCAGAGGUGAAGGAGUAUCAUUCUCAACAGACCGAUCGCCUUUAAAUCUAGAUACCUACAUCCCCUUGUGGCUUCAGCGCCAACGCCUUCUCCUCGAACUUCUCUACCAUCACCUCCAGAUCUCUCUCUUACGACAAUUCCUUCGCUUCCCUCCCGUGGCUGUAUCUCUUACCCCUCUUGCCGACGGACUUGGCAUCUCAUGCGUCUAUCAUGCCAUAACAAUCACCAAUAUCCUUCACCAAGUCCUCUCCGAAACAGACCUGUUACAUGGCUGGUUCCACGUUUAUCAAUUUCAAUGGGAUGCCGUGUUGUGUACUCUAGGCUUUGUCCUUGCGAAUCCGGAAUUUGGAGAUUGUUGGCGAGCAUUUUCCGCUGCUGCCAGUGCUGCGCUGUUAAUUAGUGAUCUUAAUAAGUGUAUGGAUCGAGUUAUUGAUGCAUUUAGGCGGGAUUUAAUGGGUAAGCGUUGCUCCUCCGCAGCAAGUCAGAAGGAUUCUGCGUCCUCUAUACCCCUCAAUGAGACAGUUCUACAAACGUUGUCUGAACUCUAUUUGUCACCAACCGCUACGGCAUCAUCCCUGGGAUUAGCGCAUGUUUGGCCUGAUCACUCCCUCCCCGCACUGGGAAUAGCAUCAGAGACUUUGGUGACUACUACUGAUACACCUACGGUGCCCACGGCGAUAGAUGACUUGCAAUGGAUGCAAGGCAAUCUUGAAUCCUGGACCGAUUUUACAGUCUGA